UUUUUGUUUUGACAAGGUUGAUACAACUCUAAUAAAUGUUUGACAGUAUGACAUGUACGUGUCUACUAUCUAGUCAUGCUACAUUUGUAAAAAAAAUGUGUUCCUUUUCAUCUCGAUGAUUAUUUUGUUAUGAAAACUAAGAUGACUAACGAAUGGAUUGGAGCUAAUGCUACACGUUAUAAUUGUUUAAAUACAUUUUUUAUCAUUUAAAUGAUUUGGGCUGGGCCGUCUCUCAAAGAGACAAUAGGAGAUCGGUUGCAUAGGAAGUUAUUUUACUUGUUUUGGCAUUUGAGUUACUCUUGUGAGAAGCCGUCUCUCGGUGGGACGAUCUCAAAUAAAAGAGUUCACAUAAUAAUAAUUGUAUUAGUUAGACUAUUUAGUCCAUAUAUAAAGAGUGUCUCAUACAAGACUUUGCGUUCGCGUUUUUAAGUAGUUACGUAUUGUUUAGAUGGUUUUUUUUUAUUUUUUUUAAUAAUAGUUUAAAGGGUUUAUGGUUUUUAUUUAUAUUUAUUUAUUUACAAAUUAUUGUAUGAGACGGUCUCAUCGUGAGACAUGCCCCAUACUUUGAUUAAAUAGCCCAAAGCUUAUGGACUUCUGGUUUUGAUAUCGUCCCACUGUGAGUCUCAUACAAUUUUUUUAUUUUAUUAAAAAAAAAAGGAAAGAAAAGCCCUGUUUGCGCCUCCUUCUUCUUUUCCCAUUUCCCUCUCCCUCAACCGUCACCACUGCCAGCCACGACAACUGCCGUGCGCACCACCCAGCCCUUCUAGCGCUAGCCUCCCUGCUCACGCAUUAACUCCACACGCGCAGUCACAGUGAAACAGAACAAGUAAAUCGUCAUUAAGAAUGCCACAGUUAACACCGCACGGCAUCAAACUUGCCGUGCACAUCAUCGAGACCGACUUCGGCAAGCGUGCCUCUGAAGUAUGCGAAUGUUUACUUAGAAGAGGAACCCUAACAAUGGCGAUGAUUUCUCGAUUCAGUAAACUUUCCAGCGUUAAAGUUAGGGAUUGCCUUUUGAAUUUAAUUCAGCAUAAUUGUAUCCAAGCGUUUGCUCUUGAACAAGAAGGUGGUGCGAGAGAUACUACAUUGGUAGUGACACAGUACAUGGCAUUGUUUGACAACAUCAUUCAUCGCUUGAGAUUUCCAAAGUUCAUGACCAUCGCUUCAAAGGAUUUGGAUAAAGAAAGUUUAGAGAUACUUGAAGGUCUGUUGUAUCAUGGAAGACUCACUUUCACACAAAUUCUGGAUAGAGCUUUGACUAGUUCAAAUGCAGGCAAUCAAGACACUUACCACGAAAAAUUCAUUCAACUUGUUCAUAGCCGCUUUCUGGAACGUUGUCCUAUUGCAGAACCAUUAAUUUCUUUACUCGCAGAGGGAGAAACACCUGCUAAGAAAGGAGGCGGGAGGUCCAAGAUUGUUGUGAAAGAAGUGACCUUGGAAGAACGAGCUUUAGCUGCGGCGAUUCUUAUGGACGCCGAGAGAUUUUCUGUAUCUGAUGAUGGAAGAAAUGAAACUAAAAAGCUUAGAGUCAAAGUGGGAGAAAAGCGGAAGCAGGAUACACGGGAUAAGGAUAUCAUGGAGGAGACAAAAGAAUCCUUAUGGCGAGUAAAUUUUGAUGAAUUUAUAAAUCAUUUAAGGAUAAAGGCCUGCAUUGAUUAUGUGACAACACAAUAUGACAAUGAUACUGCUGUGAUUGUAAAUUCCAUGUUGGAGGGAAUUAAAUGUACGGAGAAUACAGUGUCGUUGUCGUUGAUUUCCUUAAUGGAGGUUAUUAAGAGCAAAGGUCUUACCAUGAGCAUAGAACGUCUUAGAUGUUCUCUUCAACAAUUGGACUUCUGUUCUAAUGAUGCUGAUAUGUACUGCAUUAAUUUGAAGGACACCAUCAAGAAAGCUCAAAUGGAAGAGGUGGAGUCUAUCGUGAAAAACCGAUAUGGAAUAAGCGAGUUCAGGAUGUUCAGGGCUUUAUCAAAUGGUCGUCCCCUGGAUACUAACAAGGGCAAGUGCCAUGCCUUGUGCUGUUAUGCCAUUGUCAACGUUAAAACAAUGCUCAAGUAUCCCGAAAAUGUAUUUUUCUUAAUAAAUUCCUCGCAAUUUUUUUAGUAUGUAAUUAGAUAGUGGAGAUUUAAUGAUACAACUAGAGUUUUUGUUGAGAAAAAUAUUUUAAGAAGUUAAUAGAGUGAAGUUUUAGGGGGCUAUCUAGACGAAGAAGGAAAUUUGUAUUAAUCGAGUAGUUAAAGGAUACAACGCAGUGGAAAGCAAACAAUGCAAUAAUGGGAGUAAAAGAGAAUGUUAUCUUCAUUUAAGAAAAUAUAUGAAUAAUCAAAUUUAAGCAAGUAAAGAAAGCUAAAACUAAGGUGUAAGUAGCAAUUCGUCAGUUCACAAGGAAAAUUUAAGGUCAUUCAAAGAGAUGCUAGACAAAUGAAACUCUAAUUUAUUAGUUCAUGUAAGCCAACCCCAAUUUUUUUGAAAUAAGGUUUUGACAUUGUGUGUAUGUAUUCGUUUUUAAAUUGACUAUUAAGUAAUAAAACAAUUUUAUAAAAAAAAAAACAUAAAGAUGUGGAGAGUAUCACCCUUGAUAUUGUCACGGGACUUUCUUUUCAAAAUUACGUGCAAGUUUAAUACCAAAACUGUCUAGCAAGCAAGCCAAGCAGUUUAUUAGCGAUCAUUUGAGAGCCACUAUUACUUUCAAUGUCCUUGUGUUUACCUUUUGCAAUAUUCUUAAUGUGGAAUUACAAUCAUCAUAUAAGUGAUUUUAUUGUC